UUUUUAUUCAUUUGAAUCAUUUCUAAUCGACAAAGAAGUUGCAUUCACUUGUUUUUAGAAGAUAAUCUUUAAAAAAAAUGGCUUCACAGAAUGUAGAUCCAACAAGAGUCAAUUCUAAUACAAGAAAACAGAAUGAAAAAAGCGAGGUUCCGUCUGUUGGCUUGCACACGGCAACCCAGAGACUCCAACAAGAUUUGAUGACUUUAAUGUGCAGUGGAGAAAAGUACGUCACUGCUUUUCCUAUUGAUGAUAAUAUCUUUAACUGGAAAGCAACCAUCACUGGAGCAGAGGGCACGGCGUACGAAGGCCAGGAAUACAAACUCUCGCUAGAGUUUCCUGCUCGAUAUCCAUACACUGCUCCUAAAGUGCAGUUCAUUACACCAUGCUAUCAUCCAAAUGUCGACAACCACGGAACAAUUUGUCUCGAUAUCCUCAAAGAUAAGUGGUCAGCCCUGAUGGAUGUUAGAACUCUUUUGCUCUCAAUUCAACUUCUUCUAUCAGUACCAAAUAACAAAGAUCCUUUAAAUGCAGAGGCAGCGCAAAUGUGGGAUAACAAAACUGAAUAUGCAGCAAUUGUACAGCGAAAAUACAGAGAAAAUGCACAAAAAUCAGAAUAACUUAAUAUAAAGGGUUCAUUUCCAAAGGACUAAGCUUAGUUCUAAAGGAAAUCUGCACACAAAUGUAAUAUAUAUGUUAGCAAUUUGUCAAAUGCAAUAUUGAUGAAAACACAAUAGUCUGAAGCAAAUAUAACCUUGACACAUUGCAGUUGUGGUUUUGCUAACAAUGAUAAUGGAAAGAUAUUAAAAUUGUACAAAUUUGAGUUUUUUCCUAACUUAAAAAUAUGGAACUUAGUGUAAAAGCAUGUACAGUAAAAAUGAAAUUGCUUGUAAUUUGUUGUGUUCACUCAAAUAGAAUAACUA